AAUGUUUAAAUCUAUUUUUGAACGAGAAAGAUCUACAUUUUGACAUUAUUAUGAUCAUCCUACAUUUUGACACAGGAUCAGUCCGCAUGUUUACACCAGCAUAAAUAGUCAACAUUAUGACUUGAUUGAGUUCAGCAUUCUAACAUAGACUUUAGUAUAACCUUUGUAGAGAUCUAUGAAGUAUGUUACCAACGAUACACAUUGGUUUACUUGUGGUGACUGUUUUUGUGGCAUUGUGUGAUGGACAGCAUCCAAAUAUUGUCUUUAUUGUAGCCGACGACCUAGGUUGGAAUGAUCUCGGUUUCCGAAAUAAACAUGUUAUAUCACCAAACAUCGACAAACUGGCGGGAAUGGGUAUGAUUCUGGACCAAUCAUAUGUUCAACCAGUCUGCACCCCAUCAAGAACUGCGUUUAUGACAGGAGUGUAUCCAUUUAAAGUUGGGCAGCAGCAUUUGGCGAUGUUACCUGGGCAACCGUCUUGUGCCGCCAUGGACAAAGUGAUGCUUCCACAAAAACUGAAAGAAAAUGGAUAUAGUACACACAUGCUUGGAAAGUGGCAUCUUGGUUUCUGUAAAUGGGAAUGUACCCCAACAUACCGAGGAUUUGACAGUUUUUAUGGCUACUAUAAUGGCCAGGUUGAUUACUAUAACUAUACUAUUUUGAAUGGUGCCGAUUUUCGUGACAAUAAACAGCCAAUAAGACCUAACGAAUACUCAACAUUUGAAUACGCAAAGCGUGCAGAUGAAAUACUGAGAACGCACAAUAAAAGUCAACCCUUAUUUCUGUAUUAUGCUUUCCAAUCUGUGCAUGAACCAAUAGAGGUUCCUAAGUCGUACGAAGAUAAAUACAGUUGGAUUAAAAAUGAAGGCAGAAGGAAAUAUUUAGGCAUGGUAACAGCAUUAGAUGAUGCCAUAGGCAAUCUUACUGAAUCUCUCAAACAAGCUGGUCUUUUUGACAACACACUGAUUAUAUUUACAUCCGAUAAUGGUGGCUGGCCUCAGUUUUUUGGCAACAAUUAUCCUUUGAGAGGAUCGAAGAUUUCAGUGUAUGAAGGAGGCACUAGAGCUUCAGCUUUUGUGUCUGGCAAAGGAAUAAAAAAUCCUGGUACUACAUAUAAAGGAUUAAUGCAUGCAGUUGAUUGGAUGCCAACAAUUUUGUCUGUGGCUGGGGUAAAACAGGUCAGUUCUAUUGAUGGAAUUGACAUGUGGGAUAGUCUUCAAAAUAACAACCCUUCGAAACGAACAGAAUUUAUAUACAAUCUAGACGACAAAACGCCCGAAUUAACAGGACAUGCAGCCAUAAGAAUGGGUGACUAUAAACUGAUUGAGGGUAACCCCGGACUUUAUCAUGGAUGGUAUCCUCCACCGGAAGAUGAAUCAAUUCUAGAUACAGAUCAAUUUAACGAAAUUCCCUUAGUUCCACAGCUGUAUAAUCUUAAAGAUGAUCCUAAUGAACAUAACAAUUUGUUUUGGAAAGAAAGAGAAGUAUAUAAAAAGCUAAACUCGCGAAUGGAGGAAUACAAGAAGGAUAUGGUACCUGCCGAUUAUCCAGGAAACGACCAGAAGAGUGCACCUAGUAAUUAUGGUGGAUAUUGGACACCUGGCUGGUGUUAGGUAUUACGUGCACUCGAUAUCACGAAGAACAUUGGCUUGACAUUAUUUGCUAAAUGUCUUUAAUAUUCUGAUUAUUUCAUCCAUUUUUGUUUUGUAUUCUUUGUUUUACGUUUAUAAAUAAUUUCCGUGUUAUUUUUAUGUUUUGCCUUGCAAAGUUUUUGUCCUUCUGAUAAAUAGUAUUCAAAGAUCUACUUGUCGUAUAUAUGCUUACUGUUGAGUUCGGCAUAUGACUUUUAUUGACAAAUCAUUGUGAUAAACAAACGGAUCUUUUGAAAAUUAUAGGAUUAAUCACAAAAUAAAACUUGCAGUUCCAUUUCUUUCAGUCACUUCAAUUAAGCAGUAAAAACUCUAGCAAGUAUAACUAGCAAAGACUAUAGAAAGACAAGUAUCGAAAAGUAUUGAAGUAAUGAUAGUUUUCCAUCUUAAAAUAAAUUGCGCUUUCAAUAUAAGGAAAUUUGUUCUAUACAACCAUGAGUUCAUUCACUCCUUGUAACCCCAAAUAUAAGGACAAUCAUAAGAAUAAAGUCAGAGAAGAGGAAAUCACUUUAUUUACC